AUGGAUAUUCUUAAGGUGACCCAAGUUACCCCAACCUUUAACUCACCAGAAUCAACGACUGAGUUCCAUCUUCCAUUCACUUUAUACGACAUAUUUUGGUUCAAGCUUUCUCCUAUUGAGUGCCUUUUCUUUUACCAACUUGACAAGUUAACCUCUACCUGUUUCAACUCAGUUAUCCUCCCAAAACUCAAGCGCUCUCUUUCUCUCACGCUCGUCCGUUACCUCCCCCUUGCUGACAAUCUCAAGUGGCCACCAAAUGAACCUAAACCCAUCAUUUUAUACACUCUAAAUGAUGGAUUUUCCCUCACAGUUUCCCACUCCGAUGUCGACUUUAACAUCCUUUCUAGCAGUGGGGUCUAUGACGCUGCUGAGUUGCAUCCUCUCAAACCUGACCUCAUAACUUCAGAUGUUUCGGCAUCAGCUAUAGCUGUGCAAACCCUUUUUUCCCAAAUAAAGGGUUUGGAUAGGAAUCACAGCUCACCAUGUAGUUCUUGA